GAGCCUGGGAUUGCUCAAUCGGAGCUUCCCCAAUGCAGAGCUUGCAAGUCAUUCCUGCCAAGAAAAGGCUAGCCAACCACCAUCCGAUGUCACCAGCAAUGACGACCCCACCAACACCAUGUGCCCCUCUACCCCUCCAUCUCCGACCUUCAACCCGGUCAGGCCAUCAUUAUUGCGUCUUUUUACCUUGACCAGUACUUUUUUUCUCCCCGGUCAUCCCAAUCACCUUUCUACACUGCUUUGGCUCCUAUUCUGUCCUGCCAACUCCGAAUAUUCCACCCUCCAGACCAAUUGCUCCACCACACCGCAACCAUGUCUCUGGCAAACAAGCUCUCCAUCGAGGACGUCGACCUCAAGGGCAAGCGCGUCCUCAUCCGCGUCGACUUCAACGUUCCCCUCGACGGCAACAAGAAUGUGACAAAUCCCCAGCGCAUCGUCGGCGCCGUGCCCACGAUCAAGUACGCCAUCGACCAUGGCGCCAAGGCCGUCAUCCUGAUGUCCCACCUCGGUCGCCCUGACGGUCUCAUCAACCCCAAAUACUCGCUGAAGCCCGUCGUGCCCGAGCUCGAGAAGCUUCUCGGCAAGAGCGUCACUUUCGCCCCCGACUCUGUCGGUCCGGAGGUUGAGGAGAUUGUCAGCAAGGCGGACAACGGCGACGUCAUCCUCCUUGAGAACCUGCGCUUCCACAUCGAGGAAGAGGGUAAGGGCGUCAACGAGAAGGGAGAGAAGGUCAAGGCCGACAAGGCCAAGGUCGAGGAGUUCCGCAAGGGGCUGACCAAGCUCGGAGAUAUCUUUAUCAACGAUGCCUUCGGUACCGCACACCGCGCGCACUCGUCCAUGGUGGGCGUCGAGCUGCCCCAGAAGGCGGCGGGCUUCCUGAUGAAGAAGGAGCUCGACUACUUCGCCAAGGCGCUCGAGUCGCCCAAGCGGCCAUUCCUAGCAAUCCUAGGCGGUGCCAAGGUGUCGGACAAGAUCAAGCUCAUCGACAACCUUCUGGACAAGGUUGACACGCUCAUCAUCUGCGGCGGCAUGGCCUUCACCUUCAAGAAGACGCUGUACAACGUGCCCAUCGGCACGUCGCUGUUUGACGAGGCAGGCUCCAAGACGGUCGGCGACCUGGUCAAGAAGGCCGAGAAGAACGGCGUCAAGCUGGUGCUGCCAGUCGACUACAUCACGGCCGACAAGUUCGACAAGGACGCCAACACGGGCACCGCUACGGACGCGCAGGGCAUCCCCGACGGCUGGAUGGGCCUCGACUGCGGCGACGAGUCUAUCAAGCUGUACAAGGAGGCUAUCGACAGCGCCGAGACCAUCCUAUGGAACGGCCCCGCCGGCGUCUUCGAGUUUGACAAGUUCGCCAAGGGCACCAAGGCCACCCUCGACGCUGCUGUUACUGCGGCCGAGGCCGGCAAGAUCGUCAUCAUUGGCGGCGGCGAUACCGCGACCGUUGCGGCCAAGUACGGCGUCGAGGACAAGCUGAGCCACGUCUCGACGGGCGGCGGCGCCAGCUUGGAGCUGCUCGAGGGCAAGGAACUGCCUGGUGUCGUAGCUCUCAGCGAGCGUAAGUAGGCGAUUUCUCGGAGAGGUUCAGGUCUGGUUGGCUAGGUCUUUGGAGGAUUUGAUCCCAAGAGGACUGUCAUGACUAAUGGAAUUGGGGAGGAAAAGGCCGGGUCCGGGUUGGUAUUGCUAGUCUCUAGUACCGCGGUCGAAUAGAACAAAACAUUUUGCCACAAAAC